AUGGAGGCCGAGCCGACUCCAGACUCUUCGGAUUCCUCCUCGAUGCUGCCAGAUCUGCUGGCGCCACCUUGGCUGGACCCUGAGCUGCCCGCGGGACUCCCCGCCCGGCAGGAGACGAGGACCCCGGAGUGCCUUAGACCCGGUAGCAGGUCCUUCUGGUCCUCAUACCAGGACUCAGUCACUGCCCUGUGCUUCCUCCAAGAGAGAGCAGACAGGCUGGCUGAGCCCCCCGCCCAGGACACCCAGGCCUGGGAGCCCUGCUGGGAGCCCAUGGCCCUGGGGACUCUAGGCCCCCUGCCUCGGGCCAGGGAUUGCAAGAAUAUGCAGACCCCAAUCAGCCAGAAGUGCCACAGCCUGGAGCCCCCGGAGACUCCCCCAACCCCACACCAGAGAAGGCCCCGGAAGCAGCUGAACCCCUGCCAAGGCAGCGAGAAAGUGGACCCCAGGUUUGAGGGGGUGACUCUGAAGUUUCAUAUAAAGCCGGAUUCCAGCCUACAGAUCAUACCCAUAUACAGCCUGGCCAGUAGCAGCCGUUCUCAGACACCUCCUGCAGGCCCUGCCGGGGACCCUGCAGCCCAUCCUGAAGGCAGCGAGGCUCUGGGGCCCCGGCGCUGUGCCUCCUGUAGGACCCAGAGAACCCCACUCUGGAGAGAUGCUGAAGAUGGGACCCCUCUCUGCAAUGCCUGUGGUAUCAGGUACAAGAAAUACGGCACCCGCUGCUCCAGCUGCUGGCUGGUGCCCAGGAAAAGUGUCCAGCCCAAGAGACUUUGUGGCAGAUGCGGGUUGUCCCUGGAUCCCCACCAAGGCCCAGCUCAGGAAGGGUAA